AUGGAGCUCUACCGCGAGAUAGGUCAUGAAGAUCAAAACAGUAUCUUUUCUUCUUAUAGUUUGAUCGUAGCCAUGUCGAUGGUUUUAGCUGGAUGCAGAGGAAAUACUGCAAAACAAGUGGUGCAGGCGCUACAUUUCGAUCACUUGGAGGUAUUAGAUAUUCAUACGUCCAUGAGGCUUUUAUCACAUCAAGUGCAACAACACGCUAACAACGUUACGUGUCAGUUCAAUGAUGCCAAUUGUAUCUUUACCCAAAAAGGAUUCCCAAUCUUGCCGUUCUAUCUUAAACUUGUGCGUGAUUUCUAUCACUCCGAUGUGAAAGAGGUCGACUUUAGUGAUAGCCAGUCUACUACUAAUCUAAUUAACCAAUGGAUUGACAAAAUGACAAAUCAUAAAAUUAGCCAAUUAUUCGAUCCUGCUGAUAUUACCCCGAUGACAAAAUUAGUUUUAGCGAAUGCCAUUUAUUUCAAAGGAAAAUGGAAGCUACCCUUCGAUAAAUUAAAGGUGACAGAGAAACCAUUUCAUUAUACUUCUAAUGAAGAUGUUAUUGUUAAAAUGAUGUCACGAAAAAUGAAAGUAAAUUAUAUGCAGGACCAUAGCAGUGGCAUACAAAUGAUUGAGUUGCCGUACGAAUGUAGCAAAACUUCCAUGAUUAUUGUCCUGCCUCAAUCGGUCUCUAUGUUCUCUGAUCUUAAGCAGAUACUACUUAUGGAGGGAAAGUUAGACCAGUGGAUAAAUUCGAUGAGAAAGAUGGAGGUUAACGUUCAAAUACCGAAAUUUUCUAUCAAACAAAGGAUGAAUCUAAAUGGUGUACUUAAAAAGCUGGGCAUGACUGAUUUAUUUGAUAGUUCUCGUGCAGAUCUUACUGGAAUAUCCCAAGCGGAAAAUUUAUUUGUUGGAAAGGUCAUUCAAGAAGCACGUUUGGAUGUCAAUGAAGAAGGAAGUGAAGCUGCUGCGGCUACUGGAGUAAUUGUUCUAGCAAAAAUGAUGCUGGUAACACCUGAAUUUAUAGCUGAUCGGCCAUUUAUCUAUUUAAUCAGAGACGUAGAAAGCAAUACAAUCCUAUUUAUGGGACAUGUUAGAAAACCGUAG